AUGAUCAACUUAAUAAAAUGAAGCUGAUUGCUGAUAAACAUUGUUUCAUAUGCUCACUGGCCAUUUAGUUAGUAAUUAUAUCAAAAAAGAGCUUGAUUUUUAUUUCUAAAGUGAAAAUUAACCCUCAGAGUAUGUGUUAAUUCUAAUUGAGGUUUUCAUAGUUUUUAUAUUAAGAUGAAAUUCAAGCAAGCAAAGCAUUACCAGAUAAACACUGGAGUAGCAGAAGUAUGUUUUGGAAAUUGCUCUUGGUUAAUGAAAUUAGUGGUAAUAGAAAUUUUCUUUAAUGUUUAUAAAAUUCAUAAAACUAAGCAUAUAACUUAAUACUUUAUUUAUCAAUAAUCUUCAUGUCCAGGCACAUUUGCCAUUUUAUGAAUUGACCAUAAUAUAUCUCAGGGGCAUCCCAUUUAUAAAAGUAUUUGUUGGAUAGCUUUGUUAGUGGGAAGAAAAGGAAGUCAGACUUUUGAGAAGAAUAUACUGGACUAGGAAAAUUAAAAUGGAGAAGAGUCACUUUGUUGUUUCUUUGAGUUUCCGUAAGACAUAAUCUCAUUCCUAAAGUCAGAGUUGUAUUAAGUGCCAGAAAAUGUUCUCUAAACAGGUCCCAAUAUGAUAUCAUGGCAGAGAAAUGCCACCUAGCAGGUGGCAAGUCAGGCUUAGCUAAAUCUUUGCAAAUUCAGGAUUCUGCAGUAGCUUUCUGUCUUUCAGUCUACAUACUGUAGCACCCUUUCUUGUGGAUUAGAAUUUAUGUGUGUGUGUGUGUGUGUGUGUGUUUUGAAAACAUUUCAAACUUAAAGAACAAUUGCAGGAAUCUGAAUUCCCACAUACCUUUUGUCUAGAUUCAUCAAUUGUUAACAUUUUGCUACAUUCACUUUACCACUCUCUAUAUAGUAUUAUUAUUUUAUUUUUGCUCAACAGUUUAAGAGAGUAGGUUACAGACAUCUUGGACCUUAGUCCUACAUACAUUAGCAUGUAUUUCCUAAAAACAGACAUUCUCUUAUGUAGCCAUAAUGCAAAUGAUUAAAUUCAGGAAGUUUAACAAUAGUACAUACUAUUAUCUAAUACACAGUCCUUAUUAAAAUUUUUGCUAAUCACCCCAAAAAUGUCCUUUAUAAUGACUUUUUUCCCAAACACAAGGUCAUGCAUUGCCUUUAGUUGUCACAUAAGUUUUGUUGCCUUAGAACGUGUCACUUUUGUUGAGAAUUAGUGGGUGGUCUUUUGACUCAUCUCCUGCGAGCUUUGUUGAAGAAAAAAAGGACGUGGGGGAUUUCAAGGUGGCUGCUUGCUAGAAAACCAAAUUGCCCAGAUCAGAGGGACUUUUUUAAUCUUGAAAACUUUGUCUGGGUUUUGUUGUCUUGACUCAGCAAAGUCUAUAAUGCAGCAAGGCUUGGUAAGCAUUAAAGGGGGUACUGAAGCUUUGCUUUAUUUCAUAAUCCCAUUUGUUUUUCUAGAAACCAUCAAUAGCCUCUAAAUGACUGACUCAAUUUUUGGAUCCUAUUCUCAUGACUAAGCAAAUGUUUGAUUUGAAACCAGCCCAGUAUAAAUGUCUCUGUGCCUCUAACUCUCUCUGGCUGUUCCUGGAUUUCAGUACUGGGGAAACCAAUCUAUGCUCCAAAAAUGUCUAAAACUGGAACCAAGAUUACUUUCUAUGAAGACAAAAAUUUUCAAGGCCGCCAGUAUGACUCUGAUUGCGACUGUGCAGAUUUCCACGUGUACCUGAGUCGCUGCAACUCCAUUAGAGUAGAAGGAGGCACCUGGGCUGUGUAUGAAAGGCCCAACUUUGCUGGGUACAUGUACAUCUUACCUCGGGGUGAGUACCCUGAACACCAGCAUUGGAUGGGCCUCAACGACCGCCUCAGCUCCUGCAGGGCUGUUCGCCUGUCUAGUGGAGGCCAGUAUAAGAUUCAGAUCUUUGAGAAAGGGGAUUUUAAUGGUCAGAUGUAUGAAACCUCUGAAGAUUGCCCUUCCAUCAUGGAGCAAUUUCACAUGCGAGAGGUCCACUCCUGCAAGGUGCUGGAGGGUGCCUGGAUUUUCUACGAGCUACCCAACUACCGUGGCAGGCAGUACCUCCUGGACAAAAAGGAGUACCAGAAGCCCAUCGAUUGGGGUGCAGCUUCCCCAGCUGUCCAGUCUUUCCGCCGCAUUGUGGAGUAAUGACAUGGAUGGGGCCAAAUGCUGGCUGGCCUUGUCAUCUAAAUAGGCAUCAUAAAUAAAACAAUUGGCAUGCA